UUCGAUUCUGGUUCGGGGGAGUUCUACUUUUUUGCCUCUGUAUUUUUCCCCUACCCAUCCACCAGGGCUUUCGGCAGGGAGCAUCUCAAUCGGUUUUCUUGAUGUAGCUCUGAAACCACCGCUCGGUCGAUGUCCCCAACACCCGUGACCGUGACAGUACAUAGAAACAAGCCCAUGUUCCCUUCGAGUCUAUCCAACCAGCAGCAACCGGUUCUCCUCGACGGAUGUAUCCAAUCAGUAGGGACUUCAGCGACGGAGCGAGCCGUCAAUGCAACCGUGCUUAUAUCCGUCCUACGGGCAUCCAGGUUGAACUAUAAAUACCCCUCUACAGAGAUCCAGACUCAGCCUGGAACGGGGCCGGUUAGUAUAUUCUCCCAGGAUGAGAUGAACAAAAACGCCAUGCUUGAGCAUCGGUCCAGCUGGGCUCUAUACACCAUACCAUGCCCUCAUCCUCGUCCCGGGGGCCAACCAUUGCUUAUGACGUUGUCGACAGAUAGUGGACCAGACGGAUUCGUCCGUGUAUGUGGUGAUGCAGGGGCUAUGCAAUACUUAUACCUCCCUCGACACGUGGGAGAUAAGGUCAUCGUGUUCUCCAGCAAGGAGUCACUGAACCUUAGUUAACCUCGGAGGAUGACGAAUGCGUGUGUAUGGAUAUACUUGGCUGUGCUGUGCGCACAACAGCGACGGCGCUGUUGUUUCCUCUCGUGCGGUGGGCUUCUGUGCUAUGGUUUUAGUACAGUGAAAGGGAUGUAUGAUUUGAACAUUGGUGGCCAAUGGUGUUGAGAUCCAAAUGCAG